GUGUAUCUUGUGACUCAACUGCAGCACAGGAUGUACCGGUGUACCUAUCACAGUGGAUGAGUUAAAGCUGCUGAGAUAUCUCACCUGAUGCUAACUUGUUUGCAGAGGGUAGCUCAGGCAGCACGUGGAUCAGCAACAAGUCUGCUGAGGACUGGCAAUUUCUUCUAGCUUGAAGAAAAUUGAAACUGGCUGAAAAUGAGUGCAAUAUUGGAAACCUCUGAGCUGCCAGCAGUGUUUGAUGGGGUGAAGCUAGCUGCAGUUGCUGCUGUUCUGUACGUUAUUGUUCGCUGCUUGAAUUUGAAAAGCCCGACUGCCCCUCCUGAACUCAUUUACCAGGACUCUGCUUUGGCUCGCUUUCUACUCAAAUCCUGCCCACUUCUGACCAAAGAGUACAUUCCACCCCUCAUCUGGGGAAAGAGUGGACAUAUCCAGACAGCUCUUUAUGGAAAAAUGGGGCGAGUGAGAUCACCACAUCCAUAUGGACUUCGCAAGUACCUCACGAUGCCAGAUGGAGCGACAGCCACCUUUGAUCUCUUUGAGCCACGCUCUGAGCACUGCACUGCAGACGAUGUCACGAUGGUGAUCUGCCCGGGGAUUGCUAACCACAGUGAGAAGCAGUACAUCCGCACCUUUGUUGACUAUGCCCAGAAAAAUGGGUACAGAUGUGCUGUCCUGAAUCACUUGGGAGCCCUGCCAAACAUUGAGCUCACUUCACCACGGAUGUUCACCUAUGGAUGCACCUGGGAAUUUGGUGCCAUGGUGAAUUACAUCAAGAAGACCUACCCUCAGACCCAGCUGGUUGUUGUGGGCUUCAGCCUGGGUGGAAACAUAGUGUGCAAGUAUCUGGGAGAGAGCCAGGCCAACCAGGAGCGAGUCCUGUGCUGUGUCAGCGUGUGCCAGGGCUACAGUGCACUGAGGGCACAGGAAACCUUCAUGCAGUGGGAUCAUUGUAGAAGAUUUUAUAACUUCCUCAUGGCAGACAACAUGAAGAAGAUCAUCCUUUCUCACAGGCAAGUUCUUUUUGGAGAUAACAACAUGAAGAAGCCACAAAGCUUGUCAGAUGCUGAUCUGGGCAAGCUCUAUACAGCAACAUCACUUAUGCAGAUUGAUGAUAACGUUAUGAGGAAAUUCCAUGGUUACAGCUCACUGAAGGAGUACUAUGAAGAGGAAAGUUGCCUGCAGUACUUGCACAGGAUCUAUGUUCCUCUUCUGUUGGUUAAUGCUGCUGAUGACCCUCUUGUCCAUGAGAGUCUUCUAUCAAUUCCAAGAGCUCUUUCAGAGAAAAGAGAGAAUGUCAUGCACGUGCUGCCUCUUCAUGGAGGCCACCUGGGAUUUUUUGAGGGGUCUGUGCUAUUCCCAGAACCUCUUACCUGGAUGGAUAAGCUCGUGGUACAGUAUGCCAAUGCCAUCUGCCAGUGGGAGAAGACAAAGCCUCACUGCUCAGACAGUGAGCAGGCUGUGUCUGGCCAGGAGUAAUCAACCCAAAGACUCUGGAUCACUUCAGUGUAUCUCCCCUUUUGGGAACAUCUUGUUCCCUCACCUGCUGCUUCAGGUUUCCAUUCUCUUUGAUGUCCUAUGGCUGGGGUUUGAUCAUCAUGUGUUUUUUUCCAAAAUGGAGUUAAAGCAGAGGUUAAUAUCUGGAUAGAGCCUCUUUGGAUAUCCAGUCACAUGGAUUUGUAAUUUACUACUCUGCUUGAAGAAUUGGGUUGCUGACUGUAGCUUGUUACAGGGCUACAAGCUAAAGACUGCUUGCUUUAUUAUAGCAGAAGUUUCACAUGUCAAAGUCUCUUUACCUGCUGGUCAAAAACUUGAUCUGCAGUAUUUGUUUAGGUUUAGAUGAUGGGAUAACUGUGGCUCUGCUCUCUGUCUGGGUGCUGGAAAAUCCCUGUACCAAGCCACAAGCCAGUGAGUGGUUCAUUCUGUAAGCCACUGCAGUGUGGCUUGGAAAAACAGAUGCUUGACUGCAAGUGUAGUGUCAGCUUUGCACCAUCUCAAGGGAAACCUUUUAGUACCUAGGAACACACUUGCACAAGUGAAUCACUUUAAAAAUAUUCCACUUUUCCAUGCUUGAGCUGUCAGUGAAUUGGGGUGGCUUUAUGCUGGGUUUCCAAGUAGAGAAAAGCUGCAGCCUGGUAAUGCCAGUUAAUGUUUCUGUGUAAACAUAUUCUCACUUCAGGACCUCAUCAGUCACCUUCUUGCCAUCUUUGCCUCUUUUUAAAUACUGUUAUCUUUUCAGUACUGGAUUCUUUAUUUGACUGGGGCUUUUUAAAGCUGGCUCUGGCUUCCAAGUGGAAACCCAUGAUUAAGAAUCUGCAGGAUUUUUUCUGUGAGCUCUAUUUGUUGGAAGGAGUAUUUCAUGGAGAGCUGUUGUACUCUCUUAGGGAUUAAUUGGUGGGGGGUAGGGUGUAUCUAUUUAGAUUUACUCCCUUUAUGUCAGGGUAAAUAAUAUAAAAAUUCUUCCCAUUAGCUUUCAGAGCAUAAAGUGGGUUUGAGACACGUGGCUUGCCUUACAGUUGAUGUGGAACUGGAUGUCUCCAGCCCUGUGCAACUGAAAUGACAUCUUUGCAUGGCUGACUACUUCCAGAUCUGUGUAAAGCUGUAGGAUUGCUGGCUCCAGUAAGACACUGGGCUCUUUCUCACUAGAAUUUCUUUUCCACAACCAGACAUCCCCUUCUAGUUUGAAUGUGCAAAGUGAAGUGUGAAAGCUGUUUGCAGGAAAGCUGGCUACUCACCUGUGCUUUUCUCUCAAGUGGCAGUUGUGCUCUGUGCCAAGACAGUUAUUAAAGGAAAGUUGUCCCAUGACAAUCUGGAGACUGAAACUAGUGGUAAAAAUCUUUUUUUUUUUUCCUUACUGUUUGUUCUGUCAAUAUUGUAGUGUCAUUAAUCCAUCCUUAGGAUUUUUUUAUCGUAGUGUCAGUGAAGUUCUUUUUCUGUCACACUUCCCUCAUCAGCACUUUAUUGCUUCAGCCUUGGUCUGUGUUCCAGGCACUUUAAUUUAUAGCUUAAGGGUGAAACAAGCUGCAAGACUUCAGUCUGGUAACAACAAACCAGGGGAACAAGCCUUCUGGACUGCCCUGUCCCUGAACUUCAGUAGGUUGAGUAGGUGGGGUUUCAUUUUAAUAAAGCAAUAAUUAACUAUUGUAGCAAAGGUGCAUUGUCAUAUCAGGAAACUCAUUUGCCUUAGGCCAAACACCUUGGCCUGUGAUCCACAAUGAGCUGUGGAUAUCUGCACAUUCUCCUAGUUAGUAAAUCUGAGCUUUUUUUCUUCAAAGAGAAGAUGAAACUAAGUAAAGCUACAGCAAGACUUGGCUGUGCUUGUGGCUGUUCCUUAAGAACUAUUUUAGGGCAUCAGUUAGCAAGGAUAUUCUUAGCUGAUGGAUAUCUUGUCUCUGUGUUAUGUUCUUAUUCAUACUGCAUCACUAAAGUAUGUCAUAAAAGACAUUUCAGUUUUUUUGCUUAAGUAGUGUUCAUGUAAUAUUCAUUGGGUAUGACUUAAAUAUCUUCUCACUUCAGCAGAAGCGGAGUGUAAACAACACAUGUACACAUCAAAUAGAUACAGUAUAAAUUUAGGUGUCUAAGUCUCCCAGAAUGAGGUGAGCAACUGGGCAGUUCUCAAAGAAGGAGGAGCUGUAACUUUGUCUAAAUAAGUAGAGAUUUUUCUUUAAACUUGGAGAACCUUUCUGAGGAGUACUCCUUCCUGCCCCUCAACCCAAGCCUUCAUACUUCAGAAGUGCCAAUGCUGUGGACUUUCUGAAACUCUCAACUACAGAAGUACCGUGGGUCUCUGUCUUGCUCCUUUGCCCUGUUUUUGCACUUGAAUCUAAAACUGUUCAAAUCACUUGUGACUUGACUGAGUCUGGCUUCUUUGGGGAAGGACAACUUUUGUUGUGGCUUUUUUGUGUGAGGUUUCUUGGAGCUUGAGGUUCAGCUUAUUAAGCCUGUAGGUGGAAGCAGUGUUAAAAAAAACCUGUUCUCUCCAUCUCAACAGAUUUGAUGCUUCUUUCAAAGCAAGACUUGUAGUCAGACUUGCAGCAGUCACUUAAAUGUCUUGGGGAACUAGGAGAGAAUUAAGCUGCAGUUCAUGUUAUCUAAAGCCUUUUAAAUUAUGUAUUAAAUCUUGCUACUGACAAUGAUGGAUAAUUGAUAGUUAGUAACACAUGGGACUUAGUCCAGUCCUAAUCUGAAUACUCUUAUCUCCCAAAAUAAGGCAAUACUAGUCUUGUUAUGUGGGCGGGUGGUCUUUAUUUGCCCAGUGAACCCAGCCUUAAAAGCAGUCUGAAUUUUUCAGUCUUAGAGGUGAAGGCUUUCAUCUCUUGUCAAAACACAUGAGGCUGCUGAAGUGUGCACUUGUAGAUCAUUGCAGUGUGGUCUGAUAGAGCAGUUCAAGAGUACAACAUGGUGAGUCUGACAUGUGCUCUGCUUAGUUUCAAACUGGGAUUAGAAAAAUCAUUAGGAGAGCUCUUCCAUGGGUAGUCUCAUGGUAAACAGCUUCCCCAUCACUGAAUGUAAGUAGCACUUGAACAUGAACCCUGAGGACCCUCUCAAUCAGACAGCAGGUUGCAGAACUAUUACUCUUUGAUGGUUAGGCUGGUCCAACCAUCACCUUUACCAUUUUUCUGGAGAUAUCUAAAGAUGGUAAAUAAGCAGCUCAGACUUGCUCUGACUGAACGCAAGGAGCUUCAGCUUCCACUAAAAGAGCUCUGCCAGCAUUUUUAAUUGUCCCUUUGUUAGCUUCUAAAUCAAGGUGGUUUUGGGUGGGUCUGGCAGUGUUGUGGUUGCACUAUAAAGGCAAACACUUGAACUUCCCUGCAGUCGUUUUCCUGAGUGUUUUUCUGCAGUUCCUGUGUAUGAAGAUAUGGGUUACAAAAACAGGGCAUUAAGUAAAAAUGUUGGGAGCUAUUAACUCCAGUACUGAAUUUAGCCAAGCUACCUGUGUGUCAUCUGUCCUGGGUCUGUCACAAGUUCCUAGACCACAGCCCUUUGACACGUGGUGCCUUGCCUUUUUCCUCCUCCUCCCUUGACAUCAGCAUAUCUAGAGACUUCAGUAACAGCUGUCAGAGCUUCUGGGGCUUUGCUUUUUGGUAAAUGAGUUUUCAGACACUAUUACUGAGACACACCAGUGAUGCACAACGUACAACUGAGUGCUGACUUAAAGGACCUUUGUGGACAGCCUGAAACUGGCUACAGUCAAUUUCAAUGCUUAAAAUAACAAUGUACAGAAGCAGUGGAUCACUUUCAGCUCUCUGAUCCUCUAGCAGUAGGAAUUGAGUCAUAGAAGCAGGGUUUGUUUUGCUUAAUGUGUGACUUGUUAUCCUGCAAUACAAAACUUUUGUGUCUAUUAACAUCCAGCAGCAUGGCUGGAGGUAGAUUGCUCAAGUGGCUGCAUCUCAAAGGAAAGAGCAGAGAGUACCAUCUUCAGGACUUAAUUGCCAGUUUAGUCACCUGGAUUGUUUCCAAGUUUUUCUGGAAAUGCUAUGCUUGUCUGGAGCUACUGAAAUUCUUCCAUCUUUUUUUGUGAGACCAGAGGAGGCCUGAGCCUUGUGCUGCCUGUGUAAGUAAUUUGUUGUAAAGAACAUCUUGUAUCUGGCUUGAGUCAUACUCCAUGUGUCUGCAUCCCUUAUGUGGGUUGGUUCAUUUGGGAAGAUGCUGGAGUCACAGUGACUCAAAGCAGUGUCUCUUUCAUGGCUUCUAGAUAAAAAGCAAACAGCCCUUCUUGGUGUGAGGACUUUGAUUUUUCUUCAAACUUAGGAUGCCUCAGAGCAGCACCAGCCCAAGGGAGGGUGCCCUGUUACUGUACCUUCUUCUCACUUGGAGUGGGAGUGACACUGGCCUGGACUUCCUCAGCUGUUAGGGGAGCUCAGGCACAAGUGCCAUCAAUGAGUCAAAGCAGUUGCCAGCUUUCCAUGCUGUGCUAAAAAGGUUUCUGGAGUUAUCCUGAACAUCUGUACAAGGUGGCACAAAGCCCCUUUGCUUUGGUCUGACUGACAAGCUUCCUUUGUAAUCAAAGUUCUUGCAUGACCAGAGAGGAGAUACAGAAUUAGUCCCUGUCUCAUUUUUUUUCUAGGAUCUCCAGUAUAGUUCUGCUGGGAUGUUGACCCUUCUCAUGUCCCUGCCAACUGGAAAGUCUUUAAAAUAAAGCCAAAUAAAACCCAUUUGUAUUUGAUAUAACCAAAUCUUACUGCUUUGCCCAAGUCAACAACUUUCCAAAAGGGCAUAUUUUCUUGUUGUGUUAUGUGACAGCUUGACUGUAAUUCCCAGUGACAGAUCUCUAGCUGUUCUUGAGAAAGCAUGACCUCUCUUUCUGAAAGUUCCUAGCCAAAAAGGUGCUUGGGAAGAGGAGACCUGUGCCCUUGUUUUUCUCAUGCAGCUGUGUUAGAACAGGCAGAGUGACUUCCAGUGUUCUUGGUGAGCAGUUAACUAUGAAAAUAUUUUCAAUUAGAUAAAAUUAUGUUCUAUAACUAUCUCUAAAUGCUGCCCUGAAGAAGCAUGUAUACUGAGACACCCUCCCUGCUGCCAUGUUCUGAGUCAGAUUCUCUGGAGCUGAGGGCUGCAGGGGAGAUGAUUUGCAACUAGCAAUGCAAUUUUUCUAUAUCUGCUGAUGUUUACCUUUAAAAUUAUAUAUAAAUAUAUAUGAAACUGUCUUUGAUUUUUUUCUUUAAUUUUUGUUCUUGUGUGGUGUAAAAUGGAAGUCAUUGCAAAACAAAAUGUAAUUUUGUUAACUUUGAUUCAGUGGGGUUUCUUUAUUUAAAAAUAAAGGACUUAUUGAAGUCAGUGCUACAUCUA